AUGGGUGGCAUCUGCUGCACCAGUGCUUCGUGGUUUCCUGGCGCGACGUACUCGGUGGUGAACUCUGAGGCCUCCGGACCGGUGCACAAUCCCACAGAUGGGCUGCCCGACUGGAUGCUGUCCGCCCCCUUCGGGGUGCCGCAGGAGGUGCAGGACAUCAUGCACGAGAAGGGGGAGAAGCUGACACUCUUCGACGUGUCCGGUCCGCCAGUCCGUCUACUCUGGAUCGCCACCUUGUCCGGCUUGACCUUCGCCUUGUCCGUUCCCUGGCUGGCAUUUGCGUACACGCAGUGCGAGGGGGAGGGGACGGCGGUCUACUCUUCCUGGCUGUGGAUCGCCUUCCUUCCGUACGCCUUGGUGAUGAUGGCCAUCGAGUGGCGGUGCUUCAUGUACACUGCAGUGCCGGUCCUUCAGUGGCUCAAGGUUCUGCCGGUGCCCUGCAGCAAGAAUCCGUCGCUGAGAUUCUCCCUCGCCUGGCACCUGCCCAUGGCAUUCAUGAUGCAGAUGGACAUCAUGACGCAGGGCCUCUUCUUGGCCACCACACUUCGCAGCUUCCGGUGCGAAGGCUUCGAGCACGUGCUGGAUGCCUGGGAGCGCGUCUGGCAUCAGUCUGUGCUGAGCUGGAUCACGUGGGGAGCCAGCCUGAAGGUUAUUGUGGUUGCCUGCUGGGCCAUCCAGAUCCUGCAGAUGGUGCUCUACGCCGGUUAUGCGCUUCCCACCCACUGCCACUGCCUCGACUUCCAGUGCAGGAGCGAGAAGAAGGGCUACCCGGUGCUCUGCGGGCUGACCACCAUCUGGCACGCGGACGCCCUGAAGGCGCUGGCGGGGUCGAGCCGGAUGCCGAUGCUGCAAGCGGGGCAGCUUAAGCUGAGCCUGGAGCGAGCCAAGAAAGAGCUGCACGGCGCGGUGCCGAACUACGUGCGGUACCUGCAAGUGCUGAAGAUGGAAUUGCGCCACCUCCUCUUGCGCCUCCUCCUGGUCUGCUGCUUUGUCAACUGCACCAAGUUGGAGGUUCAGACCACCUUCUUCGCCCUGAGCCGCAUGGAGGACGCGCACGAGCAGUCGGCGUUGCACCUGCGCCACACGGAGCAACUCCUGAGCAUCGCGGUGGCCCACUGCACCUCUUUCGUCGCGCUGAACGACAUCUGUUGGGGCGCCAGGGCCCUGUGGGAUGCGGUUAAGGAGCCGGCAGGCAAGCUGAACGACGAUGACAGUGCGAAGGAGUCGUGGGAGAUUCGCUGCCUCCUCGGUGUGGCCAUCUCCGUCGCCGUCCUCUGCGGCCUGAUUCAGGCGCACGGCCUGGCAAAGUUGGUCGCGGCCUUCGUGUGCCAAGACUCCGUGUGGAACUUCCCGAACAAGUGCGUUCAGGUUCACUGA